AUUCCAGUUUCUGAUGACUAUAAAUGGCGAUUUUCUACCAAGGUGUCUAUUAAAAAAAAUCAUUUCGUGUCAUCCCCCACGUCAGGCCUGCUCGUGGGCGUGAGGCUGUACUUCCUCCGCCCCCUCCUAAUGGAGUGAACCAUUCCCAGCUCUUCCCCUUCUCUCGCUCUCUCAGCCUCUCUCUCUUUCUGUCUCUUCCUCGCUCCCUCUCUUUCUCUCCUCCCUCUGCCUUCCCGUGCAUAAAGUCUCCGUCGCUCCCGGAACUUGUUGGCAAUGCCUAUUUUUCAGCUUUCCCCCGCGUUCUCUAAACUAACUAUUUAAAGGUCUGCGGUCGCAAAUGGUUUGACUAAACGUAGGAUGGGACUUAAGUUGAACGGCAGAUAUAUUUCACUGAUCCUCGCGGUGCAAAUAGCGUACGUGGUGCAGGCCGUGAGAGCAGCGGGCAAGUGCGAUGCGGUGUUCAAGGGCUUUUCGGACUGUUUGCUCAAGCUGGGCGACAGCAUGGCCAACUACCCGCAGGGCCUGGACGACAAGACGAACAUCAAGACCGUGUGCACAUACUGGGAGGAUUUCCACAGCUGCACGGUCACAGCCCUUACGGAUUGCCAGGAAGGGGCAAAAGAUAUGUGGGAUAAACUGAGAAAAGAGUCCAAAAACCUCAACAUUCAAGGCAGCUUAUUCGAACUCUGCGGCAGCGGCAACGGGGCGGCGGGGUCCCUGCUCCCGGGGCUCCCCCUGCUCCUGGUGUCUCUCUCGGCAGCUUUAGCGACCUGGCUUUCCUUCUGAGCGCGGGGCCGGGUCCCCCCACGCGCGCCCACCCACACACUCACUCCAUGCUCCCGGAAAUCGAGAGGAAGAUCCAUUCGUUCUUUGGGGAUGUUGUGUGAUUCUCUGUGAUGCUGAAAACACUCAUCUAGGAUUGUGGGAAAUCCUGAUUUCUCUUUUUUUUUUUUUUUUUUAAAUUUCAUUCGGUUUCUUGUGUUUUCUUUGCCAAAUGUUACCAAUCAGUGAGCGAGCAAGCACAGCCAAACUCGGACCUCAGCUUUAGUCCGUCUUCACACAAAAAUAAGAAAACGGGAAACUCACCCCAUUUC